UUGGCCCGGCUUGUUUGUUUCGCCGCGCGCGUAAGUGGCGCCGCUGCUGGCGCAUGCGCAAACAAACGAAUCGUUUCGAACAAGUCGUUAUUUUCCUAUAGGUUACGAAGCUAAAAUUCUUAAUUAUACUCAAAUAAUCACCUAAGCAAAAUGUUAAAUCAACUCGGAGAGCUUCUACUAGAUGUGGGGUAUCCUAACGUGUCUUCUAUGGAUGACGAUGAGAUUGCAAACCUAUUUGAUACGGAAAAUGUACUCAAAUUUUACCGAUGGUUUGUCGCUGAGCUGCUGGAUUCAAAAUCAAUGGUUGAUUCAUACAAAGAUAAUAAAAUCUUUGAUAUUCUCUGUAGUUUUGGUUAUUGUUCAAAGAAACAAAAAGCGGCUUUGGUGGAAGGCGUACUGGAUUUUGAGCAACAGUAUGAAAUGAUAUUGGGAAUGCUCACAAGUUUGAAAGAGUUAAGAAAAGUUGAAAAUAAAGAUACAGAGUCAUACACAGUGGUCACCAUAGAGCAACUAAAUGAUUUAGUUAAAAAGAAGAUUGAUCUUUUUCCUUCAUUCACUGGAAAAAAGUCAUACACAGCAGGAGAACGAGAAAAGCAGGUCACCAGUUUACAAGAACAAAUCAAAGAGUUAGAGGAAAGGUUUGGGACAAAUCAGCCGACUGUUUCUCAUGAAUCAGAAGAAGAAGAAUGUACAGAAGGAAAUACCACAGCUGCAUCACUGCAUGAUGAUGAUGGCAAGGUUGAUUUAGCUGCUGCAAUGGAUAAAUUUCUAUUAAGCACUUCGAAAGUCUCUGAGAUUCAACAUGAAGUUGAAACAAUGAAUGAAUCAUUGAAUAUUAAAAAACUAGAGGAUAUGUUUGGUCCUAAACUUGAUGAAAGCUGUUAUAAUGUUUUAGCUUUAGAAGAGUAUUUUAAAAGUUUGAAUAUUGUGCAUGAUUACAAUGCAACUGAAGAACUCAUUGAUACAAAAGAAGCAUCUGAGUGUUCUUUAGCUGUGGAGAAACUUCUAAAAGUUGCUGAGUCAUUGUAAUAUUUCCUUAUUGUUAAUUUAUUGUUAUAUGUUUAUUACAUUUUUGUUUCUACUUGUUUACUUUGAAUGAGUAAACGAUUACGAUUA